AAUAAAAUGGAAAAGGAGUAUAGACUGACCCAUCUGCUGAUCUUGCUGGCUUACCUGGUAUCCACAGUUCAGGCAGAUGAAAGUCCUAUGUCUCAGUUAAGGCAGGAUAUGUUUUUUGGCUAUGAUAGAAAUGUUAUUCCUCAGCCAAAGAACGCCAGCGGAACUUACCCCCUACAGGUGCUACUAGGUGUAGCCCCUAAAUGGAUGGAUAUGGAAAGUAAUGGAGUUCUUACAAUUAUUUGCUGGUUAAGGUUGGUUUGGAAUGAUCCGAGACUAGCCUGGGAUCCUAGCAAGCAUCACAACAUUUCAACCUUCAGAAUUACCCCAGAUGAGCUGUGGAAACCAGAUAUUGCUUUGUAUAACAAAAAGGAUUUGGACCACGGCAUUUUGGCAGCUGAUCCGCGCAGUUCCAACAUAAAUGCACAUGUGCAGAGUAAUGGAAAUGUUUUAUGGAUUCCUCCAGUUUCUCACAAGGUUUUAUGUGAGGGGGUAACCUAUGACAACUGGCCGUGGGGUAAACAGUAUUGCAAUCUGGAUUUCGGGUCUUGGACUUUUGAUGCUUCACAAUAUGAUCUAAAUUUUUACGAAAAUAAGCCGGAGCUAGAUUUGAGAAAUUUUGGAAACUACAACCAGUUCAAAAUUAUGUCACAGCAGGGAGAGAGAAAAGUUACAAGGUAUGACUGCUGUCCUGAGCAGUAUGUUAGCCUCAACUUUAAAUUCAGUUUGCGGAGAGAAUAUGUGGUGGAUCCCAACCUGGGACGGAUAGAUAAUCCAGAUUGGGAGGGAGGGGAGCACUGACUCUAGGGUGGAAUAAACCACAACAUUUCUUCGUCUGAGCCGCAUUCUCCUCAUUUUCUCAUCUAUACCCUUCUAAAGCUCUCAUCCUUGCAGUAUUCUUCUGACAAAGUAUUGAAUUCCUUGAGUUUGGAGUUGUUUUUAAAAAAAUCCGGCCAAAGGGCAUACAAAAAGAUUUAAGCUAAGUGUAAGUAAGAUAUUUGCCAUUUUCCAAUGGAAAAAUUCUAUGGCUUUCGAUAUUAUUAUAAACAACAAAAAUAUUGUUUUGUAAACUCGAAAUGAUUCUAGUAAGAGUAAAAACGGACAUAGAACUUGAAAACUUUUAAAAAGCCAGAGUUUUUCAGAUGUUACUUCUUUAAGUGUUACACGUGCCAAAGAUAAUAUUGCAAGGACGAGCAUUCGGAGUUGGCUCGGACGAAGAAAUGUUGUGGCUGGCCUUCCAGCCCUCCAAGAAGGGCGCUAAAUAGUUUUGUAAAUUUUGUAAAAAAGAUGAACUCAAUUUUGAGAGGAAGAAAAUAAAAAAUAAACGUUAGAAAGACGA